AUGUACACAUUGCUGCUGUUCACAGUGCUGCUCACUGUUCUGCUCUCGCCAGCGGCAGCUUCAGGCCCAGUCAUGGACCUAACACCGCCUAUCAGUCCAAUGGACUUAACAUAUCCAGUAGAGGGGCUUUUGGUAUGCCACUUUUGCGCCGGCAUGCAGCUCGACUUUUGCCAGUGCAUUCUGGCCCUGAUGCCGUACAAUUACGUAGCAGCGCCCGAAUACCACGAUCCCAUGAACAUACCGCCGCCGGACACACACGAGACGGAAGUGAACUUGACGCCAGUUUGUGACUACGUCACCGGCGGCCCUAGGCCAGUUUCGAACGAGUACAUCCAGCGCAUUAAUGCGAACGAGACAACUGUACAGCCGGGUACUGUCCAGGCGCACGUCGACGAUACAUACACUCCCGGCGACCGCUUGCUGUCGCGUCAGGCCAGGUCUAGGAGACGCUCAGGCAGGCGGCAACCUCCUCGCGAAGGUGGUUUCGUCUGCAACGAGCCAGAAUGCACUCAAGUAUUCAAUCGUCAGUGCGACCUCAACCGCCACCAGAAGACAUCCCACCGCAAUGAGCGGCCUCACGUGUGCCCGACUUGCAGCUGGGGCUUCAGGUACCCGAAGGACCUUCGCAGACACCAACUUCAACAUCAAGACCCCUCAUCCACCAUGAACACCUUUCGCUGCGAACAUCCUGACUGCGUCAACCUCGGUGGCUUCUCGCGCAAGGACAACCUCCAGAGGCACAGGCGAAGGCAGCACCAGCAGCAAUAG